CACAUAAUUAAGUCUGGUAAUCGCAAUCAUGGAGAGCCCCAACAGAAAAUCUGCUCAAAAGUUUGUGAAGAGCAUCGCUCAGUCUGCGGUUUCAUCGACCAACCGAUGGUCGACGAGACACAGCCUCUCUCUACCGCCCUCCAGCGCCAACUCUCUAUCCGGGUCUUGGGCAAAAGAAAACACCAAGCCGUCGGAAUUCAGACUCCACACUCAGCAAAGAGCAGCGCAACGUGCAAUAUUCAACCACUCUGUCGCAAUCAAGUCGUGCGUCAUGGAGCAUCACAAGAAACAAGUCGAGAAAGUGCUCAAGGUAAUAGAGGAGGAAGAGGUCAGAAUGCUUAGAAGGGAGAUGAUUCCUAGAGCUCAGUUGAUGCCUUUUUUCGACAAACCAUUUUUACCUCAAAGAUCAACAAGGCCUUUGACAGUUCCUCGGGAGCCGAGUUUCCACUUAACAGCUCGCAAAUACAGCGGCAGUCGCAUUUCCUGCAGAUAAGCAUUAACAGGGAGUUGAUGAUGAAAAAAGCUACUGAUCAGUAACCCAUCAUGUAUCAACAACAUAUGCCUCAAUUACCUUUAGAUUUAUGCAGUAAUCUCUUCAUCAAGUCUGCUGUUGUUCUUCCCGUUUUUGCUCUCUGAAUUUUGUACUUUAGUCAUUUCAGUGGUUUGAAUGGUGGAAUAAAUGGAUACAUACACCUUACAAUU